AUGCAGUUCACCCUUGCCGCCGCCGCCGCCCUCUUUGGCGCCUCUGCCCUCGCGGCCCCCGCGUCUCCCGGCUCCACUGGUGCUCCUCCCGACCCCAACACGUACGAGAACAUCGACAUUGCCGACUUCAACGUCCGCAAGGGCGAGGACGGCACCAUCAAGUACGUCAACUUCAAGCUGAGCGGCGAGGACGCCGACGGCCUUCUCUGCGAGGCCGAGAACCCCGGCCUGCCUUCCGAGGUCAUCACCUGCGGCGAGUCCAAGUACCGCUUCGCCCUGUACCCUGGUGAGGAGUUUGAGUUCGCCCUGCGCCUGUACCACGAGCUCGGCCUUGCUUUCGGCUUUUACGGUACUGGCGAGAUCUUCACCUACUGCCGUGCUGGCGGCCUUGGUGACUUUAUCUGCCAGCAGCAGAACCCCACCACUAUUGUCAUCGACAGCCUGCCUGAUGCUCCCGCCCAGGCUUAA